CUUCGCAGCGUUCAAUGCGUGCAUACGUGUGUGUGAGAGAGACCUUAUGUGUGAGCGUGCAUCAUAUCUAUUCGCUGCGACGACAUUCAAGACUGGACCUCUAUUUUUUCAACUGGAUCCCUUUGCCACCUGGGACAGAACAUCCCCGACCUGCAGCUGUUAAAUCUUCCAAAAGCCUCAACAUUGCCAACAGGAAGAUGGAGAGCGCUGGGAAAAAUGGACUAGUGGCACUUAUGCUAAUGUGUUCUCUGACAAAGAUAUGUGUGAAGGCAAGUCUCGAGGUCAAUGAAACUCAGCAGCACCAUCCAACCAACGUGUAUCAUGACAUGGGACUCACCAGGAACAAGAUCGUUACGGCACAGUUCGAGUGCUACCAAAAGAUUAUGAAGGACAGUCCGUCAGACAGACUAGAACCCAUGUGUAAUCGCACUUGGGAUGGCUGGUUGUGUUGGGAUGACACCAGGGCGGGCAUCACCUCUGAACAGCACUGUCCUGACUACUUCCAGGAUUUUGAUCCUUCAGAGAUGGUUACAAAAAUUUGCACUGACAGUGGCCAGUGGUUCCUGCAUCCUGAGAGCAACCGCACGUGGACCAACUACACGCGCUGCAAUGAACACACCAGCGAAGGCAGAGUGACUGCAAUGAAUCUUUUCUACUUGGCACUCAUAGGACACGGACUAUCUCUGACCUCCCUCUUUGUCUCUCUUGGAAUAUUCUUCCAUUUCAAGAGUUUAAGUUGUCAGAGGAUCACACUGCACAAAAACCUUUUCUUUUCUUUUGUACUAAACUCUGUGAUCACCAUCAUUUGGUUGACAGCAGUGGCAAACAACCAGGAGCUGGUGCAGAGAAAUCCAACAAGCUGUAAAGUGUCCCAGUUCAUUCACCUCUACCUGUUUGGUUGCAAUUACUUCUGGAUGUUAUGCGAGGGAAUAUAUCUACACACACUGAUUGUGGUGGCGGUGUUCGCUGAAAAGCAACACCUCAUGUGGUACUAUCUCCUCGGCUGGGGUUUCCCUCUUAUUCCUGCUUCCAUUCAUGCAAUUGCAAGAAGUUACUACUAUAAUGACAACUGUUGGAUCAGCUCCAAAACGUCACUGCUAUAUAUAAUCCACGGUCCGAUCUGUGCCGCUUUACUGGUCAAUCUGUUCUUUCUGCUAAACAUCGUAAGAGUUCUCAUCACCAAGCUCAAGGUGACACAUCAAGCCGAGUCGAGCCUCUACAUGAAAGCUGUGAGAGCGACCCUCAUCUUGGUGCCGCUUCUGGGCAUCCAAUACGUCCUGCUUCCGUACAAGCCCGAAGGACGUGUUUCCUCAGAAAUAUACGACUACAUCAUGCACAUACUAAUGCACUACCAGGGCCUCCUGGUAGCCACCAUCUUCUGCUUUUUCAACGGAGAAGUCCAAGCGGUUUUACGCCGGCACUGGAACCAGUACAACCUCCAGUUUGGCAGCAGUGUUGGAAACCAUUCGGACGCCCUGCGCUCAGCUUCCUACACGGCUUCCUCCAUCACUGAGGUGCAAGGCUGCUACAGCAUCGACAGCCACUCAGAACACAUGAACGGCAAAGGAUGCCACGACACGGAAGCGUCCAUCCUGAGGUCGGAGAACCCCUUCGCCUGACCACAACGUCACCUCCAACUCAACCCUCAGCCGUCCCUAGCGCCGACUCACUGAGACUUGACUGUUUGAGGCUGAAGGAAAAAGACAACAUAUUAAUCACCACCAUCACGUUGACAAAAGCCCAUUAAAUACCAUGGUAAAUAUAAUUUACAGAAGGCCUUGGCUUACAAUGCAUUACAGUGAAUGCUUUGGAACUGAUUAGUGCCAAACUGACAAAUCUCUACCUGCCUCGUUUGUAAUGGCGAAGACCCUCGAGUAAUCGCUUUUGUUUCUUCUUCAGACAAAAAAAUCACCUUAAAGUGUUUUAGGGGUCCACUGGAAGAUCAGAAUGACAUUUUCCUGGAUCAACACAAACUUGGGAGGACACGUCUUUCACAACAGGACACAUGAAAAAGUGUCAAUAACCCAUGACUGAGCGAAUUUGAAAAGGAAGUUGGUUGUUCGGGUGUGUGUGAAUCAGCCAUUUUGGAUUCGUUUCUUGACUUGCAUUUUUAGGAUUUCCUAAAAAGGAUUCUCUAACAAAUGAUCCUAAAGUAUCCUACAGAGACAAGUGUACAACUACAACAUUAGUAAUCAUCAAUAUAUCAUAUCCUUUGGCUAUUUCUGUUCAAUAGUCUAGCCAGCAGCACUUCAAUGAGUGUAAAAUGUAUUCGAUACAGAGCAUAUAGUCAAUGGGGUGAGCUCUUUUUGAGAUUCUGCCUUUACAAGUUGAACAUAUUUUGCCCAAAACUUAAAGAAAUCAUCCCCCUGAUAAGAGUUGGAAUUGAAAAGGAAGUCUACAUUUUGGCCUGCAUAAGACUUUUGGAUUAAAGUUCAAUCUAGGGCUGCAACUAAUUAUUAUUUUUAUAAUUGAUUAGUCGGAAAAUUAAUUAAUCGCAUAAAUGUCACUUUUUUUCAAUUACCUUUGCAAUUUAACUUGAAGUUGUUUUAGGCAUGUUGUAAGUAACAAGACGAAAUGGAUGACUAUUUCCUUAAAAAAUAAUAUCUUAUUACAGCUUCAUGACUUAACUGUAGUCUGCAACUGUACUGUUUUAAGUACAUAAAACAUGUUAAAUUUUUUUUUUUUUUUUUUUUUUUGUAUAAAACAUAAAAUUAAAUUCUCUGUACACAAAUAAGACAAAAGUCCUGUUCAUUCAACUAAAAAACAGUGGUGUUUAUCUAGUGGGCAUAGCGCUGAUAUAAAUUUUGUCGAUUAUUUUACAAUCCAGAUCCAAUUUUAAAGCACACUCUCUUGUAUGACAAUUUACAGUUUGAGUUUGACUAUUUACAGUUUGAGUUUGUGUUGAAAGGAGACUCUAAGCUGUUAUAUGAAUUGUUUUUUGUGUGUGGUUUCUUUACUUUAUAAACAUACCGUAUUGGCCCGAAUAUAAGACGACCCUGAUUAUAAGACGACCCCCUCUUUUUUAAGACUCAAGUUUGAAAAAAGACUUUUUGAACACCAAAUUAAUUUUUAUACAGAAAAUAAUUACAGUACAUCUGAAACAAAUGAUUAUAACAAUAUAUUUGAGAGAAAAAGCAUGUUAUUUUGCCUCAUUCAAAUCUUUAGUUUUCAUAUUUAAAUGUUCAGAUCUUAAGUGCAAUCACAUUCGUAAAUGAAUGGCUUCUGGUUUGUGAAAUGUAAAUAGACCAAUCUAUUGUGAUAAAACAACAAAAUUGCAAUAACUGCAUUAACCAUCAAAGUGAAGUCUAACUGUAACUGUAGUCUUGAAACAAAUCUGAAUAAGGAAAAACAUUGCAAUAAAAUAAUGAAAACUUGUUAAACUUGAGAGUAGCUGAGAUCUGUCAUGACAGAACAUCGCUUCAAUGAUAUCGGGCGCCAUCUAGCGUCGCGAAUGGGUAUUACGUCUAGACCGCAAAUAUCAGAAGACCCCCACUUUUUCAGUCUUAUUUCAAUGCAAAAAACACCGUCUUAUACUCGGGCAAUACGGUAAUUCAAGUGCUAAUUGCUUCACAAUACAAACAGACAUUUGAGACAAUAACUAGCAUAAUCGCAAACUAGCUUCGCACUCCGUGCUAAGUAGUAACGUCUCAUCAACAAAGAAUACAAACAAUACAAUUGGCUUCAUUAACUCACCUCUAACGGAAGCAUACUGUAUCUAACAACACAAAAGGCAAUCUAACUCUCGACACUUCGUAAUAUUGAUUCAGCAACCCAACCUAAGUGUAGCUGUGAACUUUCUCUCUCUCUUCCUCUUAACACUGGCGUGUGCACAGCCUCACGUUACACACAAACAAGGACCCAAACGGGACUGCUAAUAGCUGCCAGCAAAAAUCGAAUUAAAGCAACACUUUGUAACUAUUCAGUUUGGCCGAUUUUAGUGACGCUGGUGGACAAAAGCGGGAAUGUUAUGCCUUAAGGAAGACUGCAUUUCCCAGGCUACCCCCCCAUCCCACCCGAACUCAUCAGAACUGACGAGUUCGGUUGAGGGGGAGUUGGGUGGUGGAUGUCACGCCAGCGAGUGAAAGUUAGGCCAAAUCUUAUUCUGUAUAUCCUCUCUUUUUUUCCCUUUCUCAAACAAUACUUUUUGUCUCUUGUUGCUCUCUAUCUUUGCAGCAUUCACGCAAAAGCGCUGGCAUCAACUUCCAUCUGUAUAAUGAAUUGGGAAAGAGGGAAGUGACGUAUGCUUUAAAGCAGUCAGCACAUUUGUAGUUUUUUUGUGUGGCAGGGUUCCUGCCACCCUCCUGAAAGUUAAUUAGUGCUGAUGAAGGUGAUAUAGACCCCCUCAAAAUAUAAAAGAGGUGUCAUUCAACUAGUUAUCAGUAGACAUCUUAUCACAAAUGUUAUGAAAAUAUUUUAUAAAGGUUGAAAAGUUACCUAGUGUUGCUUUAAUUGACACCUAAUUUAUUAAUCGUUUAGUUGUUGCAGCCUUAGUUCAAUCAUUUCAACGAUUUGUUAUGAAAGAGGGGUUUACCUUUAUUUUUGUUUUUCCCCAUACAUAACAUGGAAACAAUGUUUCAUUUAUUGUAAAUUUUAUUACAUUCAUAUUUCAUAGCACAGUAAUUUAUCCAUUGUUUUUGUGAUAAAACUCAUUACUGUAUUUAUUCAUGCUGUUGAUAAGCUUACUUUUUUAGUUACAGUAAUACAGUCUGCUGUAUUAGUUUAACUAAAAAACCAACAAAUAUUUUAAAAAUUUGUCUCAUCUUUGUUAAGAGCUCGGAAGCAGAGGUUUUUUAUACUAAUCAAGCAAUCAGUGCAAUGACGGGAUUUUUGGAGGUAGACUGGGGGCAGAUCAUAAAAUGUCACGUGAAUAUGCUUUGGUAGCAUUCACAUUUGAGAACCGCAGCUUCAAACACUGGAAAGAGCGGGGAGGGGUUAUGUGCAGAAGAUUUUACUGUUCAACACUACAAUAGUGCCAUGUAUAAAAUGACGCAGUGUUGAUAUGAUCUUGUCUUUUUCUCCCCAAACAUUGUUUUCUUGAAGGGAAAAACAACACCUAUUUUAAAUGGCCUUCAUGUGAAAGCCGGUUGCAUAAAAUAUUUAAGCAUACUGCUUCGACCUCUGAUAAUGAUGAAAAUAAUUUUAAAACAUAAAAAAAUGACAGCGCUAACUAGCGCAGCCAUUUUGGGAGAUCCGUUAUACCCAUGCACAUACGCAUUGAUAGACUCGAGCACAGGUGCACGUGAUAACGUGUAUAAAUUAUGGCGAUACGGAAUACAGUAAUUUUCAGACUAUAUGGCGCACCUGACUAUAAGCCGCCACCCACCAAAUUUGACACGAAAACGGCAUUUGUUCAUAGAUAAGCCGCACUGGACUACAAGCCGCAGCUGUUCUCACCGUAUUAUGGGAUGUUUACACCAAAAGAUAUUAACUGGUAACACUGUAUUUUUCAGCGGCAUUAUAAGAUGUCAUAAGACCAAACGAACCACCAUGAAGCUUCGAACCAAUUGGCUGCAAAGCUUCAUUGCUUCAAGAAGCUUCAUUUGGCCAUCAAUGCUCCAUUGGAGGAGUCAAUCAUCUUCUGCUGCCACCUGCUGUAAACACUGUUGUCGUCCAACAUGCUUCCUAGCAUGCAUUGGAGCGCCACAGAUGAAAAAUAACAAUCAAAAAUUCAUGUUCUCUGCUAAUUAUUUCUUCAGUUACUUUUCCAAUUGUUUCAUUAAUUGCUAGCUAGGGUAUUUAGUAACACUUUAUUUGACAGUGGCACCAUAAGACUGUCAUGAGACCAUCUUAAUUAUGACAUAACACGGCCAUUAGCGUUAAUGAAUGCUUAUGACAGAUGUCAUUUUGUGUCAUCUGGCAAAUUAUCUCACUUUUGAAUGAAUGUAAAAGUUCCGAGAUGGACAAAAAUGAAGUUAGUGACAUACCGUAUUGGCCCGAAUAUAAGACGGCCCUGAUUAUAAGACGACCCUCUCUUUUUCAAGACUCAAGUUUGAAAAAAGACUUUAUGAACACCAAAUUAUUUUUUUACAGAAAAUAAUUACAGCACAUCUGAAACAAAUGAUUAAGAGAAAAAGCAUGUUAUUUUGCCUCUUUCAAAUCUUAAUAUCUGAACAUUUAAAUAUCUAAACUAAAGUGCAAUCAAAUUCGUAAAUGAAUGGCUUCUGGUUUUUGACAUGUAAAUAAACCAAUCUAUUGUGAUAAAACAACAACAUUGCAAUAACUGCAUUAAUACUAGAACUACCAAGUGUGGAUCAGUUGAUACAAAUCACAUUUGUAACCAGAGAAGAAUCAUCUGACCAUAAUCAGCAUAUCUUUUGUGAGCACUAUGGUCUUCAUUAGUCAUUCCCAUUCACACUUGCAAAACCACAGGGUUGUAUUACUCCAAUUAGCAUCUUGAGUGUUUGCGGGGCAGGGGUGCCUUGGCUAAUGGUGGAAGGGUAAACUGGUGUUAUUCUAGCUGAACUGUUGUCACUUUCAAGCCCAGAAGACAGGUUGUGCUGAAAAAAAAAAAACACCAUAAAAUUGACCAAACUACUGACAGAAUGUGACUUUUCUUUUUAGGUGUUUACUUGUCCCUUCAACUCUUCCAGUUUUAUCCUCUGUGUAAACCAAACAUACUAGUCAGGUUUUCUUUUCUUUUCUUUUUUUUUUUUUUUUGCAACUUCAUGCAUGGAACCAUACUGUGGUCAGAAUUACAGUAUGUCUCACUUAUACUGUAUGUGUGUAUAAACUGUAUGGAGACAGAAAGGUGUCAAUGAAUGGUUGUCUGAGACAAUGAACACCUUUAGAGGUCAUUUUCUCUCCCUCUUCUGAAUAGGCUUGUCCAGUUGGAUAGAACAGUUGUUGCUUGUCGGACAGUGGACCGCUCAGGCAGUCAAUUGGGUGGACAACCUUUUUACAUCUUCCAAAAGCUGCAGGACGGUGUAAUAAAAACCAAAACAUUUUUAUGUGGUGACAUACCACACUUCGCCCUUUUCCCAGGGCUAGGUGUUGGAGGUUGUUGCCGAAGCAAUUUUUCCUUCUGCGCCUUCUUUGCGCCCAAAUGAGAGUGAGCCAAUUCCUUUGCAAGACCCACCAAGAAGUGCACCUGUCUAUCUCAUAUUCAAGAUGCUAAUUGCAGCUUUUCAGAGUGAACCCCCCCACCCCUCCACACCUAGGCAGUGACUCAACGGGUGUGUGUAGUGGGGUGUCCUGCUUGAAUGCUUUCUGAGUGGCCUAUUGUUUGACAAAGCCCAGUAGUCAAUUUGGUAUGGGGGUCAUUUGACGCCUUUCUGGUAUUUCUUUAUAGCCAAAAAAAAAGAAAAAAAAAAAAAAAAAAAGAAACCCCGGGAGUUCCGGUGUUAACCAUAACGCGUCGCUUUGGCCUGGGGAGUCAAGUUCAGCAUUCGCUUCAAUGAUAUCUGGCGCCAUCUGGCGUCGUGAAUGGGUAUAAUGUCUAAACCCCGAAUAUAAGCGACCCCCACUUUUUCAGUCUUAUUUCAAUGCAAAAAACACCGUCUUAUAUUCGGGCCAAUACGGUAAUUAUUUAACAUCUGUCAUAAGCAUUCAUUAAUGACCAUGACAAUGUCAUGUCAUUAUUAUGAUGGUCUUAUGGCAGUCUAAUGACGCCGCUGUCAAAUAAAGUGUUACAUAUUGACCCAAAUGAAUCAACAAAUAAGGCGCACUAAGAUGCAUGAUUCAAAAUGAGGGGAAAAUGUAGCUGCUUAUAGUCCAAAAAUUAUGAUACUUACAUUUGAUUGGCUAAAAUAGUACAGGUAUUGAUAAAAUGUCUGCUCCCAUAUCGGGUGUCCACUUCCUGGAAAUUGUCUCUUUUAAAUAAGUUUUUCCUCCUCUAUUAGACAUCAGAAAAAUGAAAUUCUGCAUUUAAAAAAAAAAUUGAAACAGGAUUAUUUCCACUGGGAUUCACGUAAUAAAGGUGUUGUAUUUCCCUUAAAUAAUUCUAACUGGAGAUUUUUGUUUUACAUGAUGUACGGCAUUCUGACUAAACUUGGCCCUGGCAAUGAAAUACAAGUAAACAAGACUGAUAUGAAAAAACACACACAUGGGUUUUCCAGUUAACAUACAAAACUAAACUAUCAAUCAUGUUGCGAGAUGAGUCCAAAAAAAAGCAGGUGUAAAUACGUUCUGUGGUGAAAAUGAGUGAGCAGCGUGUAUGUGUGUGCACAUGGUUUAUAUUUACAGUAUUUACGAGUGCAAUAUAUUCCGAAGCCUUCAAGCGUGGAGCAUUAUUUGACAGUCUGUGUGACAUUAGUAGAGCAGAACAAAAAAGAAGUGUUAGACAAGGGUAUCCACUGCAUUAUUUACUGUCAUGUUUGGUAAGGUUCUCACGUCUUUUCCUAUUGAAUGUCAGGAACCUCUGUGGGCCGCCAUAUUAUCACUUGACAUGCUAUAAUUUUAUUGUGUAAAUAUUUUUUUUAAGCCUCCCACUGUGAAAAUGGAACCCAAACAAUCAUGUGGUCAGAUCUAAACCCACUUGAGCAUGCUAAAUGCAGUAAUGAUAUUUGCCUGCUAUAACUGUCAAUGGCAGUGAAUGAGUUAAAGUGGUUAAUUAAAAAUGCUGUCACUGUCCAAAUACAGCAGCACUAUUUUUAUAUGAUCAACUCUGCCACCCGGAGGAAAACUAUUUCAAGAAUGUUAUGUUUCCAAUGACAAAGGACGCUUGGAAUUUACCCAGUUGUGACGGAUCAUAAUGGUUUCAUUUAGUUAAAAUAUCACGACCAUGGUGACUCCAUUGUGUAUUUUAUGUACAGUUUAACUUUUGAUGAUGCUACAAGGAGGUUGUGAAGUCCCAGUGACCCUUGUGGUAUCACGGUGUAAUGUAGUAAGACAAAAGCAUUUGUCUAUGUUUAUACUGUACUGUAUUCUACUUUGGUAGUCUUAAGUGACACCGCUCUGCUGUUUGAAUGUAACUGUUGGCAAAUUUUGUGAUGUGAAAAAAAUUAUAUUUACAUACAAUGUCUAUUUUUAUUACUCUUCCACUGAACAAUUUCGCUAUAGUCUAUGUAUCUUCGUAAGAGAACAGUAUAGCACAGCACCUGUUUGUUUGUUGUGUAUAGCAAACUUUAGGAUGUUUAGUUUCUUUAGUUCAUUGUGAAGGAAUAUAACUCACCAACACUUUCUUACACUGACCUAAUAAAAGGUAAUUACAAUAUUUACUGUUGCCAUGAUUGUUGUAAGUCUACACUGUGUGCUAAAUUCCUAACAAUGAUGACUAAUUACAACCCUAACAAUUCUCGCUUUUAUUGAUUGUUUGAGGAUGGAAUAAUUGCCCCCAAGAGUUUGAAGGAUGCUCUUUAGGGUUUAGAUCAGGGGAUGAUGGUUCUUCUCUUGAUACUCACAGUGUAACAAUUAAAGUUUUAAUAGUUUAGAACCCUUAGAGACGCGUGUCUUAUUAAGUGUUAUAUAGGGUCACUAAACGUCCUCUAUUGCACGGAUAUGACCACUUUUUACAACCUGUCCAGGGCGUCCGGUACGGUUUUAUAAAUUCAUGAAAAUGU